ACUUUGCCUUUCUCAUAUAUUUCAAAUAUUCGUUUUGUAUUCACCCUAAUACACAAAAUAGAGUAAUUAUUAUUACUUUUACAAUGCUUUUGUCCAUAGGUAAUACAUAUUUAUUUUGUUACCUAUAUACUCUUGAUGUUAACACCAAACAGACCCUUUGACUACACCAAACAAAACACUUCAUCCGACUGUAUAUUUUCGAAUAUACCUGACCCGUCUACAGCCCCGUGAAAAAAUUCCAACGUGAUCUUAAUAUAUUGUUUUAAUCUUUUUUCCUGACAAAAUAUUUUGAUAGGGUUGAAUAUCGACGGCUCUUAACUCUCAGACCGCGAAAGGAGGGUAUGCCACGGCCGCUUGUCUUGGGGGAGGAGGACCGUCGAUCGGCCAACGCGAUAAACCCAAACGAGUUGGAAAAAAAAUCAUCCGAUAAUAUUAUAAUUUUUUUUAUUUCCAUUAAAAAUCAUAUUAUAAUCACACACGCACACACAAAAAAUAAAAUAACGACCGACUAAAAAUGAAAAACCUGUUUAACGCUACGUUUUUCUUCUCUUAGGGAUAUCCGUCCGGUAGUGUUGUUAUAAUCACAAACACAUCAUUAGCAUUAUAAUUAGGUGUGAAGGUAGUAAAAUAUUUUGUCAUCCGGUUUUUUUUUUAAUUCACCGAAAACCGCUAAUGAUAGACUUGUAUUAACUUUAACCGAUAACGCUCCACGGUCUCCCAUCUAGAUCUAGUGGUUCACUAUAAAACGAUCACUCUGUACAUGCCAUCCCGGUGUGUCUUCUUGUGGUUGAUAUCAGUCCGAGGCAAGGUGGGGUUUACACUGUAGUUAUUGUGUUUUUUAUCUGCCGUUUGUGUAAAUACCGUCGCGGUUAAAAUAACAAUAAUAAUUGUUACCGUUUUUUUAUUGUAGGUACGUUCACGGUAAAUAAAAUAUUGUUCCCACCGUCAGCCGUUGUGAUGAGUGUAUAAAAUUCCAUCCAUAACCCGCAGAGUAGCAUCUUAUUGCUACUUUAACCGAAAUCCGAAAUUAUUGGACACAUUUUUUUUUCUAAUUUAAUUUUUAAUAAAAAAACAUCUCAACCAAACAGAAAUUAUCAUGUAAAAUUUAGCUAUAUGCAGUUUACUGCAAUUUUCUCUAUAGUCGCGGUAAGAAUACACUUUAAAAUGUCAAUCAACCGAUAACGCAUUGGCGCUAUGAUUUAAAUUUUUUCAACCGACAACCUAAGCCCGUUAAUCCAGGCGAUAAGACCAACCUAACCUAACUUGUGACGGGUGUGUGUGAGCAUGCAGUUCAGAUAUUCAACAGCAUUCAUACUAAUAAUUGAACCGAUCAUCGUACAUUGCUACGAUAAAUUAAUUAACUAACAUAACAUUUUUUUUUUUAAUGAUAGCAUUAAAAAUAACCGACGUUUUCAGCGGCCAAAAAGGUAUCGGCCGCGUGCCGGUGUUGAUGGACUGCAGUGACGACGACAAGGACGACACUUGUUCGACCAGCAGUACCGCCGAAGUGUUCGACGACGACCGCCGGGGGAACGAGCCGACGGAUUUGCUGGACCUACUGGACCCGCGGUGUCUGCCCGACUUGUUGGAUCCGUCCCGUCUGGUGUCCGUGCUGGACAGUUGCCUCGGGACCGAUUACCUGCGCGGCUGCGUGGUCGAGACUUGGGACGGCGGGCUCAGCGAACACCUGGACGCCAUCGCGCACCUGGUUCUGUACCAGGCGUCCGAGCACGUCGUCAGCCAGACGGUGUACGAUCAGCUGACCGAACUGUCCGCGGCCCUGCGGCCCGCCGGCGACGGCCACGGUGACAGACAGCCGUGCGCCCGCGUGGACGCCGGCCGCGUGUACGGCACGUUGAGGUCGGCGGCCGGGUCGCUGUUGACCGCCCAGGUGGACCCGUGCUGCCGGCAGAGCAUGUGCCGGGCGGUAGGCCUGGCCGUGAUGGCGCUCCAGUCCAACACCAGGCCGGUGUUCUCGGUGGAAAACUUCCUGGAGGAGAUCAACGGCGCGGCCAACUUCGCCAACCUGUACUGCACCGUGUACGCCAAGCGCAUAUGCGCCGUGCUCAAGGAAAUUUACGACACAGUCAUGGCCGGCGACUACCAUCCCACCAACGUGGUGGUGCAAAUGUCGGUGAUGGAGAAGAGCAUCAGGGCGGCGCUGGACACGCUGGCCGAUCACCGGACGACGGCCGCGCAGAGGACGGCGGCGCAACGGUCGCUACUCGACGAGCUGGACGACAUUUGCGCGACGGUGCGCAUGAAGAACCACGGGUGCCUGGACUCGGCGUCAUUGACGAGCGGAUACGCCGACCUCGCUCGCCGACCGCCCAGCAGGCUGAUGCACCUGACGCUGAGCCCGUGGCGGGCGCCCAUCACCAUGUAUCACCAACAGUCCACGGCCAGCGUCGACCAGCUGUUCAAGAGCACCGUCCGGCUGGUCGAGACGCUGGUGACCGAAAUUUUCAAACCUUGUCUGCCCAGACGAAACCGCCGGCGGAGCAAACAGCACUGACAGGCCGGACGGCCUUGCGCAAGACUUGGGACCAACAUCAAUGUUAUAUUAACACAAUAUGUAUUUUGUCUUCAUCUGUACAUUUAAUAUGUGUAUAUUUUUUAAAGAAUAUCAUUAUUAUUUUAUAGUCUUCUAUAAAAACGUGUAAAUUAUUAUUAUUAAGUUACUAUUAGUGUGUGUGUGUUUUUUUAAUUUUAUAGAUAUUACUUAUUACAUUGUCAUUAUUUUCGGUUAAAUUUUACCAAAAUUUUAUUGUUGCCAAACCAUAAUAUCGUCGCGAGAUAGUAUAUUGUGUUAUUACAUUUAUUUAUAUUUAUAUUUUUUUUUUCAUAUUUUAUAUGAGCUUAUUGUAAGACUACCUCGUAGGAUGUUUUUAUC